CACGCAAGAUUCUCAUUGAUAGUGACAUACUUUCUCGCGCGAUGCCCAAUCAAAGAUUAAAGAAAUCUUUUCAAAUAUCAAAUCCAUUCACCAAUCCAAAUGAAAAUUAUCAUAAAGAAUUCAUAAAAGUUAUUCAUAAAACAAUUAAUUUUGAUAAUAACAAAUGGGAAAGAUUCGCAAAUAUUGCUCUCGAGACAGUAAAGAACGAAAAGGUUUUUAAAACUGGGUUUAUCGAACUUGUUCCUUGGGUUCAGAAAAUAACGCUGAGUAUUAUAUUGCGCGGUUAUUUAGAGUUUGACGCAAAUGUCUACGAAAUCAUUGAUGACAUUCCUAAAAUCAUAAAUGAUAUUUGGCUGAAAUCGAAAGAAUAUAACAAUAACCAAGAAUCAAUCCAGCAAUCAAUAAGUCUGCUUAAGAGCAAGUUAUAUAACGAAGCUUUAAUGCCACAAAACAAAGAUAAGGACAUUAAUGUUAUACAAGAAAUCUCAAAAAUAGCACAUAAACACUUGAAUGAUACCCAGGAAUUACCACAACCAACUUCCGGAUUUAUUAAUCCUACAAAAGAUGAACUGGAAACUCCGUUAAAUAUUAUACUUCCGGCAUACGAAACAAUGUGGAGGGUUCUUCUUUAUGCAAUUUUAGAGAUUAAAGUGCGAGAAAUUUUACUGAUCAAAAACAACUCAAAAAGGGUGAAAAAUAUUCAUCUUAAGAACCUAAGCGAUUCAAUCAAUAUUUUUCUAAAAAAUCCAUCUUAUUCUACAUUAAAAGGUAAUUCAUUAAACCUUAUAGUUAAAGAAACAUUGAGAUUAUAUCCUGCAACACGCCAUAUACAUCGAAUACACAACGGAAGAGAUUAUACGAUAGAUGUGGAAACGAUUCAUCGUGAUCCUACGAUUUGGGGAGAUGAUUCAUUGCAUUUCAAGCCAGAACGAUUCGAAAAACCUAAUGCAUUAUCAUCCUCUUCAUAUAUACCUUUUUCAGUUGGCCGCAUGAGAUGUGCAGCAGCCGAUAAAUUUGCACCAACU